GCUAAGGGCGAUGAUUUCCGGUAUUCUCAGACGGUUCGAUUUUUGGAUUUUCCAAUGCUCAGCCCAGGAAGGGGGAGACAUUUUAACGUCUCCAUUCUGUCAAACACGUUACUAUAAUUUAUCUUGAUACUUGACGUUUUCUUUUUCUUCCCCUUAUAUUUGUAAGUAUGACCGAGAGCUCAGCGAGCAAGCCGACAAACGGCGACGCCUGUCACGGGGCUGCGAAUGGCAGGAGAACAAGGGCAAGGAACGGCUACGUGAAGAAGCAGCACCUCAUCCAGCAGCAACAGCACAAGUACUUCCCGAAGGAGAAGAUCCAGAACCAUGUCACCUGUAAUGGGGCAUUGUACAACAGGCCAUUCAGUGAGUCUUUUGAGGAGACGCCCAUGCUGGUCGCUGUCCUGACCUACAUGGGCUAUGGCAUCCUCACCCUCUUCGGGUACCUCCGGGACUUUUUGAGGGAGUGGAAGAUCGAGAAGUGUCACGUUGCCCAGGAGAGGGAGGAACAAAGGGACUUUGUACCUCUGUAUCAGGAUUUUGAAAACUUCUACACCAGAAACCUGUACAUGCGUAUUCGGGACAGCUGGAACAGACCCAUCUGCAGUGUCCCAGGGGCCAAAAUGGACCUGGUGGAGCGUGUAUCCCAUGACUACAACUGGACUUUUGAAUACACAGGCAAAGUGAUCAAAGAUGUCAUUAACAUGGGCUCUUAUAACUACCUGGGCUUUGCUGAGAACAUGGGAUAUUGUGCUGAUGCUGCAGCUGAUGUGACAAUGAAGUACGGAAUUGGAGUGAGCAGCACCAGGCAGGAGAUGGGAAAUUUGGACAAACAUGAGGAGCUGGAGAUGCUGGUGGCCAAGUUUCUGGGUGUUGAGGCCAGCAUGGUCUUUGGCAUGGGCUUUGCAACCAACUCCAUGAAUAUUCCAGCACUUACUGGCAAAGGCUGCCUGAUCCUGAGUGAUGAGCUAAACCAUGCCUCCCUGGUCCUUGGGGCCAGGCUGUCUGGGUCCACUAUUCGUGUCUUUAAGCACAACAACAUGCAGAGCCUUGAGAAACUUUUGCGAGAUGCCAUUGUCCACGGCCAGCCCAGAACCCACAGACCUUGGAAGAAGAUCCUGAUAGUUGUAGAGGGGAUUUACAGCAUGGAGGGCUCUGUGGUUCGACUGCCGGAGGUCAUUGCCUUGAAGAAGAAGUACAAGGCCUACCUAUACCUGGAUGAGGCACACAGCAUUGGUGCGCUGGGCCCCAGAGGGAGAGGUGUGCUUGACUACUUCGGCCUUGACCCCGAGGAUGUGGAUGUCUUGAUGGGCACGUUCACCAAGAGCUUUGGUGCAGCUGGAGGGUACAUUGGAGGGAAGAAGGAGCUGAUAGACUACCUCCGUGCACAGUCACACAGUGCAGUUUACGCCACAUCAAUGUCAUCACCUGUGGCAGAGCAAAUCAUCACUUCUAUGAAGUGCAUCAUGGGCGAAGACGGGACCACGAUCGGUAGGGAGCGCAUCCAGCAACUCGCAGAGAACACAACGUAUUUCCGCAGAAGACUUCGAGAGAUGGGCUUCAUAAUCUAUGGGAAUAACGAUUCUCCAGUGGUACCAGUGAUGCUAUACAUGCCAGCCAAGAUUGGGGCAUUUGGAAGGGAGAUGUUGAAGAGGAACAUUGGGGUGGUGGUGGUGGGCUUCCCUGCCACACCUAUCAUUGAGUCACGAGCCCGUUUCUGUGUGUCAGCAGCCCACACCAAAGAAAUGCUGGAUGUGGCAUUGAGCGCAAUCAGUGAAGUUGGUGACUUGCUGCAGAUGAAGUACUCCAAAUACCGGGCUCUGCCCUCCCAAGACUGGCCCUCUGAUGAGACGUCAUAUGAAGGGACUGGAAACCAAGGAACUCGUUCCCCCAUGUGAACACUGGACAUGGGUCGCUUACUUGCAGUACCAGUGGAAUGUUCAAGAACCACUCACUGUUAUAAACCUCUUCUAACCCCACCCCUUCCUUCUUAAAGAGCUUCCAACAAGACAGGAGCAAGACAAAAAUCUGUUUUUCUCAUCUUGAAAGUUAAAAUCAGUUCUGUUGUUAAUGUGGCAUUUUCUGUCAAAAGAAUUGAAAUUCACUUAUUUACUUCUCACUUUCUGCUUUAAGCUUUGUUGUGCUGUAGUAAUAUCUUGGAAUCUUCAUAGCAAAAAGAAAACCUUCCUGAAAAACCAAGCACUUCAGUUUUUACUGAAAUAAGAAAUACAAAUUACAACAAAAAGUUGUUGUAAAGUUUUAAUAAAUCACAGCUUGCAUUGAAACUUGCAAGAGCUGAAAGGAUAUUUUUCAGAAUAUUAGCUAUGAGAGAGGCCUUCGUAUGUUUCUUGAUUACAUAUUCCAGAAAAUUCUGUCUCUUAAUUUGCUGUAUUUUUUAUUAUUAUUUAUGAAGUUUGCUGUAUUUAAAUACUCUUUUUGGUAAGUGUGAUUUUGGCUGAUUGUGCUCCUGGUUUUAAUGUUCUAUUUUUUCCCCAGUUACAUUCAAAAAAAGAACUCCAGAUUGCCAUCUUACCUUACCAAAAAGAUGUUGUCCAUUUUGGAAGUAAUAUACAUCAGAUUUCUAUGAGAUGAGGUAGUCACAAACAUUUCCACAUUUACUCACUUGAUUAUUUUACCAGUGCUUUGCAUCUGUACAGAAUUACUUUUUCCCCAUUUAAGAGAUAAGAGGCAGCUUCUAGUGCAUUAUCAAAAUUGCAUGCAGUUAAAAUCUGUGCAUGCUCUCAGUGCACAGUGCAAGUACUACUGACUUUUUUUAUGUACUGGCAAUUCUUAGUUCAUGUAGUCAUUUAAGCUGAGUUUUGUCAACGAGGUGCUGAAAAACCAUUCUACAUGCAUUGCUAUUUUCACAAUGAGUCUUAAAACCCGAAAGCAUUCCAGAACUUGCUCUUAAUUACCUGUGUGAAGUAAGUUGGGUUAUAAUGCAAAUGUUCCACGCAAACAUUUGGUCUUAUUGUGAAUGCUGUUUGAGAGGGUAAAUUAAUCUAAAUGAGAGAUGUUUAAAUAUCAGACUAAUCGUUGUUAGUGGGUGUUUAGAUAAGAAAGCAAAUGGAAUUGAUUGUGGAAUAUAUGUAAACAAAUAUCUAUAUCUAUAUUGGUCUAUUUGUUUAUGAAUAAUUGUGUAAAUAUAUAUAUAUAUACAGUAAUAUAUUCAUUCAAAUGAGUAUGAAAUCCAAACAUAAUGAAAUCCUUCAAUUUAAUGUCUUGGUGGAAAAAGAUGGCUAUAUCUGACAUAUGAAUGAUUUCCUCCAUUAUUGCUAAUUUUUGAAAAAUUACUGUUCAAAUUUUUAUGUAAAUGACUUAUUUUGCAUCUAAGUAUAUUUGCACUCUGAAGGAUACCAUGCUAAUGAUACAACACAACUGUUGUCAGAACAGUGAGGAAACUGUAAAGACACUGCAGUGUGAUUUCUUGAGGUGUGGACUGCUUUGAAAAUAUAUUUGUUUUAACCUGUAAUUGCAACCAGUAAUGCAAAGGAGGGCUACUUUGUGUGGAAAAGUACUGGUUAAUCUUCUUGUUUGUAAUGUUUCAUUUCCACAAAAUUAAAAGAUGACCAAAAUGUAAGCUUUUUUUUUUUUUUUUUUUUUCCUUUUAACAGCAGAACAAUACUGAGUCACAGCAAAUAUUCAAUGUGAUUCCUGGGAAAAAUAAAUCAAA